CGGUCGCUGCCGGGCCUUAUAUCCGGUGUCCGCCCGCCCUCGGCUCCGCCGCCGCCGCGAUGCUGUCCCGGACCCGCUGCGUGUCCCGGGCGUUCAGCCGUUCGCUCUCUGCCUUCCAGAAGGGGAACUGCCCUCUAGGGAGACGUUCCCUGCCUGGGGUCUCUUUAUGUCAGGGACCAGGUUACCCUGACAGCAGGAAGAUUGUUAUUAACAACAGUAGUGUCUUCAGUGUUCGCUUCUUCAGAACUACAGCUGUGUGCAAGGAUGAUGUGAUUACAGUCAAAACCCCAGCAUUUGCAGAAUCUGUCACAGAGGGAGAUGUCAGGUGGGAGAAAGCUGUUGGAGAUACUGUUGCAGAAGAUGAAGUGGUUUGUGAGAUUGAAACUGACAAGACAUCUGUGCAGGUUCCAUCACCAGCAAAUGGCGUGAUUGAAGCUCUUUUGGUACCUGAUGGGGGAAAAGUAGAAGGAGGCACUCCUCUUUUCACACUCAGGAAAACUGGCGCUGCUCCUGCUAAGGCCAAGCCUGCUGAAGCUCCUGCUGCUGCAGUCCCAAAAGCAGAGCCUGCAGCAUCGGCAGUUCCUCCUCCCCCUGCAGCAUCCAUACCCACUCAGAUGCCACCAAUGCCCUCGCCCUCACAACCUCUUGCUAGCAAACCAGUGUCUGCGGUGAAACCCGCUGUUGCCCCUCCAGUAGCUGAGCCAGGAGCUGGCAAGGGUCUGCGUUCAGAACAUCGGGAGAAAAUGAACAGGAUGCGGCAGCGCAUCGCCCAGCGUCUGAAGGAGGCCCAGAACACGUGUGCGAUGUUGACUACUUUCAAUGAGAUCGACAUGAGUAACAUCCAGGAGAUGAGGGCUCGGCACAAAGAUGCUUUUCUGAAGAAACAUAACCUCAAACUAGGUUUCAUGUCAGCAUUCGUGAAAGCCUCAGCCUUUGCCUUGCAGGAGCAGCCUGUUGUAAAUGCAGUGAUUGAUGACGCAACCAAAGAGGUGGUGUAUAGGGAUUAUAUUGACAUCAGUGUCGCGGUGGCCACCCCACGGGGUCUGGUGGUUCCCGUCAUCAGGAACGUGGAAGCUAUGAAUUACGCAGAUAUCGAGCGAACCAUCAGUGAACUGGGAGAGAAGGCCCGAAAGAAUGAACUUGCUAUUGAAGAUAUGGAUGGUGGUACUUUCACCAUUAGCAACGGAGGUGUUUUUGGCUCGCUGUUUGGAACACCCAUCAUCAACCCCCCUCAGUCGGCCAUCCUGGGCAUGCACGGCAUCUUUGAUAGGCCAGUGGCUGUGGGAGGCAAGGUGGAGGUGCGGCCCAUGAUGUACGUGGCAUUGACCUAUGAUCAUCGGCUGAUCGACGGGAGAGAGGCAGUAACUUUUCUCCGCAAAAUCAAGGCGGCGGUAGAGGAUCCCAGAGUCCUACUACUGGACAUCUAGGAGGAAGCCACACCCCCUACACACCAACCAUGCAGGAACUGAAAACCAGUCUUCUCCCUGUCCCCUCAUGGGUCCCAGGCUACCCUGGUGCCAGGCACAUGUUGUUGGCCUCAAGCAAGGAAACCAGGGCACUGUGUAACCAGCACCCACAGGUCUUUUCGUGGUAUUCUACCCUCCCCCUCUCUCCACCCUUCUCUUACACUCGAAUAUCUUGAGGCUUGAGGGAAAGAGAGCCAUAGUGGAUGCUCAUCACUAUUCCUCCCCUUCUCCCAGUAGUCUUUUGCAAAGGUGAUGUUGCUUCUCCCCUGUGCCAGUGUACUAUAUAUAGGGAAACCACUGGGGACCAUGUGAUCAAGUUUGUAUCUUUUGAAAGUCUGUUCUCCAGAGCCGCCUCGGAGGAUGUGGUGUCUCCCAAGCUCACGGCAGCCUCUGGCCUGGCUGUGCACAUUCUCACUUGGUUCCACCUAGGUAGAGGUAUUGACCACAGGCCCAGAGGUGCUGCUUGCUGCUUAAAGGACACGUUCAUUUUCUGCUGCCAUGGACUUUAGGAUGUCUCUUCUACCUCGUCCAGGAAGCACAGGCCAGGGGCUCAGGGAAGGGGGGAGUAGGUCCCUGUUAAAGGGGGUGGUACAAAGUCGUCCCCCCCCCCCCCCAGAGGUAGUAUGGUGUAGACAGGACAGGAACAGAGCCCAUCCUCCAUCAGAGCUCUAUUUUGGCACAAUAACAGCUGUGAUCGUGCUGACCUUUCUGGGCUGCUUGGAACCAUUCUAGCACAUGGCAGUGAGACAGGGUGUGGUGCCAAGAUCGAGAGCCUGGUGAGGUUGGGGUGAGGAGGCUUCCUGUGGACUGGCUUGGAUUGAUUUGAGCUUUUAAAGGCCCUGGGUGGAAGCACUCGGACUGAAGCGGCAGCUGUUUCUCUGCAUCAUGGCCCUUGGGGAGUGGGGCCUAAGUGCUUCAUCUGCAGAACGCGGGGUCUCGGGAAGGGUGGACCGUGGUUGAAACCAGCCCCAAGAUGCUAACACACCUCUGCGGUGAUACUGUCCUUUGGGUCUGGGUACAAUCAUUGGAAUUGCCUGGAGCAAGUUUAAAUACUUGUCAGGAGCUUCAUCACUUUGUAUCCAGCUGCAUCCAGGUCUGAGGCAGUGGCCACUUGACACCAGGAGCCACUUAGUGCCCCUUUGGAUCUUGAGCAGAGAAGCAAGGCUUGGGGCAGGAGGGGGUUGGGAGCUGAUACUGAGUGCCUGCAGCAUCUACUCUGUCUUCACUAUUCAGAACUUGUAACUAAAAUAUUUAAAGAAACUGAUUUUAAAUGCAAAUUAAAGGGCAAAUGUUCUCAAAAGG